CUUGGAGACCCGCAACGACCCCAUGGCGGAUCGAAAGGCGGCCUGCGAGCGGCUGCCCUUUGCGGAGGGCUUUCUGAAGUAUGCGCCCGCACCGAGGCAGCCUGCAGAGUGUCAGAGGCAACUGGAACGCCUCGCAGCAGUUUGGACUUUGGAGUAUCGCCAAGAACUGGAGUGCCUCAAGUGGGCAAAGACCUACCAAAGUUAUGAGCGGCCGGACUUCGUGAUGUGGUACCUCCUCGGUGUGCGAAUGUUCUACCUGACAGCCCCCAAAGCCUACCAUUCGGUCGGGCGCGCUCGCAAGAAGUCAAAGGCUCUGACCUACGAAGUUCCUCUCACGGGAUCUGACCGCCUGACCGGGCCCUGGUGGCAGCUGGAUGAGGAGGAACUGCUGGAAGCCCCGACAGCGCUGCCGAGAGAUGCGCUGCUGGCGCUGGUGCUGAUGGAUGAGGUGCGAAAAGCGGAAGGCAACGUGGGCGAGGAGUUCCUGAGCUUCCUCCGUGAUGCCCUGUCCUCGUGGCACAGUGAGACGCUAACGCAGCUCUUCGACAUCGAUGCCAUGACGGAGCUGUUGAGGUUUCUGUUGGAUCCUUCGACUCCGCCAGAUGAAGAGGAAGCCGCAUCGCCAGGCAUCUACCUCACCGAGUUCUUGUGCACCCUGGGGAACCUCAUCGACCGCGGGGUCAUGGAGGUUGCCGUGGGCACUGCGGAGACCUUGAAGCCCUUUGCGGAGUACUAUGCCAGCAGGGGUGAACCGGAUUUCACCGCGGAUCGCAUUCAGGUCUAUGAGGCGGAGCCCGAUGAACUUCAUGAGCGGCAGGUGGUGCCAAUGUUCAACAUGGUGGCUUUGGUGGAGCACGUGGACUUUCUCCAAGCCAACUGCGCCGCCAAAGCGGCGCUGGAGGCGAUCUUGCGGCGCGUUGCGGAGCAGCGAAGCCAGAGCUGACGCCUCAUCAGCGAGCAUAAAUACUUCGCUAAUGCUUCGGCUAGCCGAAUAUAGUAGUGAAGUUUCUGGCCGCAGCCUGAAAAACUGUCUCUAGGGUGUCAAUCCGCCCUCGCAACCACAGUUCUGCUGCUAUAGUCACAAACAACUUGGCAAAUUUCUCUUCGAUGUUUUUUUCCGUCCAACGCCUUCAUGGCUUCCGCCAGGUCGUUACACAUGUUCGAUCGUAGCAAAAGAUGAAUUGAGAUUAUCGUGCAAGGCUGUCAAUUGUCGAGAAGUUGCGAAAUAGUCAAUUUCCCUGAAGCUACAACGCCGGCAGCGCGCCAAGGAGUAUCACCAGAUUGGUUGAUGGUUUCAAGGUUUCAAGCGCCGGACUCGUAGCUGGAAAUGUGGGGUUGAGCUCCAAGAAGGGGAAUACGAAUGGCUCUGGUUGGAAAAUUGCCAAUUUAUA